AUGAGCAACAAGAAACAAACGUGGGCCAACGCCCACUCGCAGCUGUGGACGUCGUCUGUUGCGCGCUCGGCCGGGUCUAGGACCCAAUCGGAGGCAUCCAGCAUUGCUUCAACAAAUAGAGAUAGAUCGCUUCUAGACGACGCCGGUGGGUACCACCAACCUCCGAGCAAUGUAUGUCUCCAAGAAUUAAGGCAUCAGAGCUAUCAACCAAACGAUAAAACGCUCGCUCAAGUUUCUGACAUCCUUGAGAGCUACGGCGCAAUCGCGUGCGACGCCGACAUUCCAGCUGUUCUGCUCGAAGUGGUAAAGGAGCUGGAGCGCGCAAAGCGGGACAAUAACUUCAAGGACCUGCUCCUGCGAGAGUACAGCGAUGCUGUGCAGCGCCGCUUUGGUCUCUAUGGUGAAGAGUCGCCACCGUCUAUCGCAGAGGUCUCGGCACGGUUACGAGAUAGCGCACCAGCCCGCCCUGUGUCUGCCCCAAAUCCUGCGUGGCUGGAGCAGCCGCUGGAUGAACUGUGGCGCACUGUUUGCGACGGCAUGCAAGCCUGCUUUGAGAAGAACGCGGACCUCUCAGCCCCGGUGCUGCUGCCGGAGGCAAGAAGGACGAAGGCAAACGUUUCACAACUUCUCCGCACCAGUUGCGAUGUGCUCUCGCAGCUCGCUAAGGAGUACACCACUGCAAAGGCUGCUGUGAUGAAAAAGAUAGAGAGAGCGGUUGCCGAAACCCAGAGCUUCCGUCAACUUACACUCUCGUCCGCGCUUUCUGAGCUGGAAGCCCAGCAGGAGCUGAAGGGAAGUGCGGCAGAGGAUGGUGGAGCUUCUGCCAUCGGUGGCUCGCACACCGUGGGAAGCGCACUGCAGUCCCUCAUUGAUGUAAUUCCCGCCUCUCUGCAGAUCUACUUUAACUUGCAAGUGCCGGAGGCACCCGUGCUGACGCGAUGCAACAACCUCACCGAGCUGAUACGCUUCCUUCUCUCUGAGUACCUAUCGAUGGAGCGCUAUAUGGAAAUGGUCGAGGCGGAGCGGCAGAGACUGGCGGAGGUGUUUUAUCUUCCGUCGUCCAAAGCCGACGCCAACAACGCCAACGGCGACCUACAGCUGGACGAAGCCUUGUCUCGCUCGCUUCGAUCCCUGCAAGAGACCGUCACUUCCGUUGUGACAUUCCCGCACCACAUCUCAGAGGAAGAGAUGGCGCUGCGCCACUCAUCGGCACAAGCAGUCGAAGAGCUGGCGCAACUUCUCGUCGAUACACGACGGGGCGGCAGCGUGUCUGGCAGCGGUGCGCCACACAGCGUUGCGGCUGUGUGGGUGGAACCACCGACGCGAAACCUACUGGAGAUGGUUGAACUGGUCAAGUCACGCUUUGCCACCGUUACGGCCCAGCAGCAGCGGAAGGAGCUGGCCGGGGCGCAGGGCCGUGUGGGACUCGCCCACAUGGAGGAGUCGAUGACGAAGCACGGCAAACAAGUUGUACAGCUACUCCGGGACCUGUGUGUCGCGCAGGAGAACGCCGCGGCAGACAGCGAGGUGUCAGAGCAGCUGCUGGCUGAAGUGAUGGGCAAUGUGGAUCUAGAGCGCAACCUCACCCCCGCAAAGCUGGAUCACUUCUUGAGCGACGUAGUGGAGCGGCUGCGCAUGGUGAAAGCGAAGUAUCAGCGGGCGUUGAACGCCGCUGCCGCCGGCAAGGCGCGCGCGGAAGCGGCGUCGCAGAAGAGUAUGGGGCUGCAGAAGCGGCUGCAGAAGGUGGCUGCCGCGGUGGAACGCAUUGGCAGAGACGGUCUCGGGCUCACCUUCCCCUUCACCCCAGCGGCUAGUGGCAUAGGCUCUGCCGGCGAGGCGGACGACGCUGGCAAAGGACGCGACGAUGCAGAGGGUGGCGGCCGCGGCAACGGCGUCAGCGCACUCCGCCGCCUCAAUCUGCGGCCCGCCCUGGAGCCCGUGACCGCCACCAAGACCUCUUCUCUGACGACCACGAAAGACGGCACGACGAACGAGACCAACACGUCUGGUGCAGCGGUCACGGAGCAUAACGUCUUAGAGGCACUGCAGCUAGUUGCGUCCCGCAUCGGGACGAGCGGUGAGGUGCGUGACUGGGCCGUGGUGCAAGAAGAGCUGGCGCAGUUGCGCGCUGGCAAGGCGCGGUGGAAGGCAGACACCUCGGCGUUCCACGAGGCCAUGGCGAUGCUGAUGCAGCGACUUGCGAAAAACGGUCAAAUGGUGAAGCAGACCCUGUUCCUCAUGGGCACAGAUGAGUCAGCUAAAGACGAGAUGGUGGAGGAGGUCCUGCAACGCGGCAGCGCGGAAGAGCUGGAUUGCCUCUCCGCAGAGGCGAUGGAGUACGUGGAGCGCAGCCUAGCGGAGCUCUUGCAGAAGUACAACCGGUGGGCACAGCGGCUGUUGCAGACGACUGAGGACCAUCUCUACACACAGAGGAAGAUUGUGAAAUACUUUGCUGCAGUGUGCCGCUUCUUCUCGUCGCAGAGCCGCGCAGCAGCAGCCCCAGCAGAGGACAUACCAGAGGACAACCUUUAUGACAUAGACUCAUGCCUCAUGAGAGCGGCUGACAUCAUCCUGCCCUCCCUUGACGCCGCCAUUCAAGCCGCCGCGCAGGACCAAUGCCCCGCACCCGCCACGGCGACACCCGACGUGCCAGCCACCUUGCCUCCGCUGGCGCCUUCUUCCGGCGAUACGGCCACGAGCGACGCAACGUCGCGACAAGAGACGCUGGUCCAACUUGCCCGUGACUCCACUGCCGCUGCGACUGGUGGCGUUCUUCCGUACGACCACCGCAUCGCGCGGCUGUACGAAACGGUGGCGCGUCUCUACACAGCCGUCACGUCGCUGCUGCAGGUGCACUACUUGUGCAUCCCCUCCGCAUCGCGGCGGCGCAGCUCGGGUGAGACGGAGCUGAUAUUCGACGGCGACGCCAGCGAUGACGGAUUUGUGGACAUCGACCUCGAUCGUCUCAUCCGUGUGUCGCAGCAGCGGAGUGCGGGAGCCAGUGCACCACCCGCCGCCGCUCGCGGGGAUGGCGUCGAGCGGGAGCGGUUCAGUAAGGAGGGACACGGAGGCGACUCAGCAGGAAAGACGCCCACGCCGUCGCCGCCGAGCACCAUUGCCGCAAACAACGACCUGAUACUUCGUGUCACCUACCAGAACAUGGAAGUGCUGCAGGACACACUGAAACGCUUCAGCGCCAACCACAAGAUGGCCGCUAUCGUACUUCAGAAGGACAUCGACACCAUUCAGCAGCUGCUGGCGGGCAUGUUGGAGAAGUACAGCGAGGUGGACAUGGAAGGCGCGUUCGGGCAGAGCCGUGAGACCCUUCACGAGCUGUACGUGACGCUGCGUGAUCGCUCCCAGCGGCAGAAGGGCUGCUACUUUUUCAAUCGCGUCGGCGGCGAGGGAAGCUGCACGUGGGUGACGGCGCUGGAGCACCUGGCGGAAGGCUUUCGCGGGGUGGUGGAUCGGCUGGCUCAGCGCACUACCCUCGCAGCGGAGUAUCGCCGGCUGGUGGAUGAGGUGGUGGAUGUGGGCGCCUUGUACAUGAAUUGGGCAGAGCACCGCACUCUGCCAGCAUCUCAUGCCCUGCCUCCCGAGCUGCUGGCGCUCUGUGUACGGGACAGUAGCGAAGUGACCGCAAAGUCGACCGUCGCGACCAUGGUGGAGGGAGGUCAGAGCAGCUGUCCUGGCGGCGAUGUCGAACCGUCCACAAAGGGUGCUUCAAGGGACACAGCAACCAUCAAUGCCACCACCGCCACGGUUGCCGCCGCAGCAGCCCAGCGGCCCCCGAAGCCGAGUCGCACCCCUCCCCUCACCCCACGCGCUUCGAACAAGGAGCAGCAGGAGCGCCAGCAGCAGCAGCAGCAAGCUGGUCGAGAGGGGGGUGCCGUUGUGCCCACCACUGCAAGCGCUGCCGAGACGAAGAUAUCGUACUUCACGAACGACGAUGCGGUGCUGAAGGUGAUGACACAUAUGUUCCAGCUCGCCCAGCUGGCUGUCGAGUCGCCGCCCGUCACAGGCAACAAAACCGGUGAUGCUGCUGCUUCCGACGCGGAUGCCGAGGUGCAGCAACUCACGGAGGAGAUGCAGCUUCUGCGAGAGGCCGUCGCGAUUGCCGAGCACCACGUUGAUGAGCUAACCGACGCAAAGCAUGUGGUGGAGUUACAGCGCGAUCAGGCGCAGUCGGAGGCGGCAGUGGCGCGUGCAGAGCUGCGUCGUUGGAAGCGCCAACAACGGCAGCAGCACGAGCAGAAACAGGAUGGGCGCACACCUGCCGUAGCGGACGGCGCACAGGUGCACUCCCCGCCCCGAUCGCCGAGAGAGACUGCAUCGACGCCUCAGCCGGGCAAGACUGCUGACGGUGUCGGUGCUGUAAUAGACGAGGCUACAGUCAAGGAAGUGAUGGAGUACAUGCGUGUGUUGAGUGAGGAGCUGCAGACGGCAAAGAAACGGGUUAGCGGCAGCAGCGCCAGAGCUCCCAAACCCGCGCGUUCGUCGUGCCAAACGACAUCGUCGCUGAGGACGAGCGGCGCGGUGCCAAAGGACUACGUUGGUGUAGUGCGGGAAGAAGACGGCGGGGAGGGCAGUGCUGCAGACGGCGACGAGGACGCUCCCUACGGUGCUCCCCGCUCGCACCAUCAUCGCCGUUCCUACGCGGAGUUGGCAGAACAGCUGCGGCACCAGUACGGCUCCACAGCGAUCGCGCCGAUGGUCGUAAUCGACCCGAAAACACACUCGUACACCAACCAUCAGCGGCGGUCUGGCCACGCACGCGACGGCAGCAGCGAGGCAUCGCAUGCGCAGAACCGUUAUAGCCCCGUCAAGUACAGAGGUCCGGAGUACGACGCAUGUGACCGCUACUAUGCGAGGGAGCUGGCACAGGUGCUCAUCGAGGAAGGCGAGCAUGCGACGCAUCCGCGGCGCUACAGAAGCAUCGACGCGCGCUACCCAGCGACAACCAAACCGACCUUCUCCGGGUUGACGUCGGCCCCCACCUCGCAGCGUCAUCUGAGUGGAGAGUCAUCCCGAGGCGCAGCGCCGCCGUCGACCGGAGACCCGGAUGCCUGUCACCUCGGUGGUACCGGAAAUAGCGCAGCUGCCGCCCCUCACCGCCGCUACCCACCGCGUUCCCUAAGUCGCGACGAACCGCUUCUCUCGCUCGGGGCUGCGGCGGCGUCCGCGAACCUCGCUUCCCCGCACGCGUACCACGCUCCGCAGCGUGCGACCUCGGUAGCAGCGGCAGCAGCCCCAUCGCAUCGCCAAUCCCCGAAGCCCGCCACCCCUGGCGCCUGCCGGCACUCUUCCGGCAACGCCCUCUUCUCCACACCCAUGGAAGCGCGCGCGCACCAUCACCGGAGCAACUACGAUAGCGGCGAUAGUCGCCCACGCUGCGCCGACACCGAUGAUGGAGAAGUCUUUUACGACGCUGAUACGCCGCGUGCGCAGACAGGGUGGCGGUGGCCGACACCGUCGUGGGCAGCGCCGCAGCCGCGUCGGCGGCCCGCAGCAGCGCGUGAGCGCCUCUCCAGCCCUCACGGGCAGAGCACGAAGGCGUCAAUCCUACCCCAACAGCGUUGUCCCAUGGUUCACAGCGGCCGCUGCGAACCCCCUGAAGAUGUAGGCGAAAGCCUCGCAGCAGCGGUGCGACAGAUUGACGCCGUCACGCAACGGUCGACAGCGACACCGACGCGUCGCACCUCACAAGCAGGCACCAGACAGGACACCCUGCAUGGAAGCUCCGUCAGCGUGCCGCCGGCUUCAGGACAACAACAGAUGAGCCGCAACGCCAAUUUGCGUGCGGCGGCGCUGCGUCGCCUCGCGGAGGUUGUAUCGCAGACGGCAGUGCCGUCCACUCGUCGGGCGCGAUUCUGA